AUGUCAUCCAACCCCGUUCCUUCAACAUCCGCCAAUCCUUUUAACUUCCCUACCCCCCAUCAGAAUAUCGAUUUCUCUCAAAUGAGAGAACCAACUCGAACCAUUGAUUCCUCACCGGAAUCCAACUUUACAGAACUAUCUGAUAUUAGUUUACACCGUGAUGAACCUCCCCAUUUACGUCAUGAUUAUGCCAAAGGCAGAUCGCCAGACAUGAUGCCUGGUCCAGGAGAGAAAGCUGCUCCUACACGUUUUAAAGGAGAUUUCGAUUUGGUCAAACAGUUUAUCAGAAAGUAUAACCGUCUCUGUGCAGCCUAUAAUCUAGUUGAUCCACAAGAAAAGUGCGAGCGACUUGUUGAUUAUUGUAGUAGAUCUGUGAGAUUAUUCAUAGAGUCACUACCUAGUUAUCAACGUGGACAAUGGGCACAAUUAGAGAAGGAUGUACUUAAAUACUAUGAUGCAGAUCUUGAUGAGACUAGAUAUAUACCAGACCAGUUAGCAGAACUAGCUGAAGAAUGGCAACAUAUUAAAAUCACUGAUCUAGCAACAUGGAAAGAAUACCAAUGUGAAUUCCUUACUAAAGCCGGUUGGCUUAGGUCCAAAGAUAAAGUUACCAAAGAAAUGGAAGCUGGAUAUUUUUGGCAAGGGAUACAUCGUAAAUUUAGACAAGAUAUAGAAAUACGGUUAUUUGCCACCAAUCCGACUCUGACUCCUAAGAGAGCUUACCCUAUUGAUUUAGUAUCUAGUAUAGCUGAAGGCUUGCUUGAACGAAAUCGGUUUGAGUAUAGUCUUAUGGGAGUUAAUACUGAGAGACCAGAUUGGUAUACGCAGACAGAUUCUGAUGAUUCUGAUGAUGACUCUACAGAUAGCGAUCGUCGCCGUAAAUCUAAAAGACAUAGAGAACACCGUAAAUCUUGUUCUAGGUCAUCUAGAAAAGAUGAUAGUGACUCUGAAGUAGAAAAUAAGAAGAAGAAUAGAUCUUCUAGGUCCAGGAAAAAUGGUCGACAUUCUAAAUCCUACAAAGACACUGAAAGUCAGGAGGAAGUAGAACAGCUUAUUACUCAAAUGAGUAAAAUGGAUAUUUCAGAUCCUGGAUAUGCUGUAGUCUACUAUAAGGCUAUUAAAUUGGAUCCUAUGGUUGUUGAUAUUAUAAGUCCGCCAGGCUUUAAUCAUCCGCCAUCUAGAAGACCACACACUAGAGUUUCAUUUGCAGAUCAGCCUCAAAGUUUUAAUUAUUCUGCACCGCGUCCGCCUACUCCAGUUAACGUAAGACCCCCUACUCUUACAGGAGGAAAUGCUGAGCCUAUGAAGUGCUACGUAUGCGGAGAGCUUGGGCACACUAUUAGAGGAUGUCCCAAGGCUACUGAGUUAUUCAGAGCAGGUACAAUAAUUAGAAACGGAAAUGGUAAAAUCGCGCUAAGAGAUGGAACAGUCCUUUCUUUUGGACCUCACGAUCCUCUUGUGGAUGUCUUAAAAAGACGUCAGCAGCCGUUACAGUCACACUUUGUAGCAUUAGACUCUGAAGAAUAUGUGUCAGAAGACUGUAUGGAUGAUUACGAUUUUGAUGAAUCCUACCCAGUCCAAUCUUCAGCUGUUUAUCCUGCACAAAGAGUGGAGAAAAAGACUACCUCUACUAGACGUCAGUCUAUUGAAGAACCUACGGCCUCACCACAUGUGAAUAAGGACAAUACACCUUAUAUGAAUACUCGAUCAAGACCGCCAAGUAUCAAUCAGUCAAGGACACAGACAACAUUUCGGCCAGCAAAUUUACCUGUAGUCAAGCCUAUUGAUGUCAGGACACCUCGUGUACGCCCAACCGCUAAUGAGGACACUGUCAUGAAGGAUCUGACUCAGACGGAAAGCUCACCAACAGUAUUGAAACCGGCACCUCAGGAUUCCCCACGACAGAAAACACAGCCCCGGCAAUCAGAGUUAUCUCUUCAGACAGAUAUACAGAAAAUGAUACGGGAAGUACUAGAUAUAACAGUCCAUGUUCCUCUUAGUAAGUUACUGGGAGCAUCAAAGGAACUCUCAGAUGCGUUUUCGGAACAGCUGAAAAGAAGGAAUCCUAAAUCGGGAACCGGAUCUAACCUGGUAACACCGCCGAUGGAAAAUCUCCCAAAUCAGGAGCUAAGCGGAAGCAAACCUAAAAUAUCACCAAUUAGGAAUCAAGCCCGGCCAUCAAUAACUCAAAACUCUAAAAUUCAUCUUAUAGGAUCUAGUACCUCGGUUGCGCCGCCAUCUUUACCUGUUCAGGUACACUUACAGAAUAGUAAUGCUACCGCCGCCGGUAACUUAAUCUACACUCAAUGGAGUUGUGAUGGUAGUACUAUACCAAUAGAAUCAAUUAUAGAUACGGGAUCACAGCUUAAUAUCAUAAACGCUGACCUCGUACCUGAUUUUAUUAGAUCACCCAUUGAACCAGACACAGUAAGACAAAUUAUUGUGGCUAGUAGUGGUGCAAAAGAACUUAAAGGACUUAUCCGUGGAGUUCGCUUACGGAACGGUGAUAUAGAAACUAUUGCAGACUUCUAUAUUGGUGAAAAUGUACCAUUCCAAGCAUUAUUAGGCAGACCGUGGCAAGUAGAGAAUCAAGUUAGCAUUGAACAAAGAGAAACAGGAGCCUACCUAGUUUUCCAACACAGGGGAGACCUGGUAGAAAGUUAG